AUGUUUACUGCGGGCUACGCAUUGCGAGAAUACGGAGCAUACAAGUACAUCUAUAACCCGUAUGACGCAGCAGAUACGAGCAGAGCGACCACACUGAUAGUCUUUAUCCUCAGUCAAGUCUUCAUAUACAUAUGUCCUCCCCUUCUUGAACUAGCCAAUUACCAUAUUCUGGGUCGACUAUUCUACUACGUGCCAUAUUACGCGCCAAUGCCUGCCAACAGAGUUCUGGCCACCUUUGGUGGUUUAAUGGCGCUCGUGGAGGUCUUGAACUCGCUGGGUGUGGCUUUGGCAUCCAACACGAGGGGAAGUUCGAGUACCGUAGCCUUGGGUGCUCAUUUGACAGUAGCCGCCGUGAGCAUUCAACUCAUCGCAAUUAUCAUUUUUGUCUCCCUCGGCGGGAUUUUCUAUCUUAGGCUUCAGAAAGCCAGUUUGGACGCUCGAAAUGUCAAUACCAUGAUCUUUACGCUCUUUGCGAGUAUGGCUUUAAUCUUCAUUCGUUCCAUUUAUCGUCUGGUAGAGCACGCGGGCCCAAGUCAAAUUGACAUUUCCGACAUUGAUGCUCUCCGUGCUCUAAGCCCGCUUUACCGAUACGAGGUCUUUUUCUACGUGUUCGAAGCAAGCGUCAUGCUCAUAAACUCUGCUCUGUGGAAUAUCUGGAACCCAGGACGCUUUAUCCCUUGCAACGACCGCAUCCACCUUACGCGAGAAGGAAUUGAAGUGGAAGGUCCGAAGGAUCCGGAUACAAGGUCGGCUCUGAUCAAGACGCUCAAUGUAUUGACAUUCGGUCUCUUGUUCCAAAGGAAGAGAAUGAAUUAUGUCAACCAGGAACUCUCGGAGUACAGGAGUCAAGAUGGUAUUAGUCGGAAAGAUUCUGUUCAACAACCCUUUAACCAGCCAGGCUAA